GAUUCACCGCAUGUAUAUUCCCGGUUCUUGAGCAGGAUUCAGAAGCCCCUCGCCGUCUUUCUGCCAGACUGCUGGCUGCCUAGCUCUCCUUGAGUUGUACCGCGCUUUUGCACUCCUAUAUACCGGACAUGUCGUCAGCGGCGGGGCAUAAGGAGCGGAGCCGGGUGCUGGUUAUAGGCGGCACGGGCUACAUCGGCCGGUUCAUCGUCGCCGCCAGCGCCCGCGAGGGCCAUCCCACGUACGUCCUCGUCCGCGACCCCGCGCCCGCCGACCCUGCCAAGGCCGCCGUCCUCCAGGGGUUCCGGGACGCCGGCGUCACCCUCGUCAAGGGGGAUCUGUACAACCAUGAGAGCUUGGUGGUGGCAAUGGAAUCGGCAGAUGUUGUGAUCUCGGCGGUGGGUUAUGCACAGCUGCCAGAUCAAACCCGCAUUAUCUCAGCCAUAAAAGAUGCUGGAAACAUAAAGAGAUUCUUUCCAUCAGAGUUUGGGAAUGAUGUAGAUCAUGUGCAUGCGGUUGAACCUGCAAAAUCGGUGUUUGCUGCCAAAGCUAGUAUAAGGCGUGCCGUAGAGGCCGAGGGGAUCCCCUACACGUAUAUAUCCUCCAACUUCUUUGCUGGUCGUUUCUUGCCAGCUAUUGGACAGAUUGGGGUUACAGGCCUUCCAAUAGAUAAGGUUCUCAUAUUAGGUGAUGGAAAUGUGAAAGCAAUAUUUGGAACAGAAGAGGAUGUUGGCACCUACACAAUAAAAGCUGUAGAUGAUCCAAGAACCCUGAAUAAGAUCCUAUAUCUGAGGCCACCAAGCAACAUCUUAUCUCACAAUGAGCUUAUCUCACUCUGGGAGAAGAAAGUUGGGAAGACAUUUGAAAGGGUGUACAUUCCAGAAGACGAUGUCUUGAAGAAGAUUCAAGAGUCUCCAAUUCCAUUGAACAGAGCGCUGUCAAUCAGCCAUUCUGCGUGGGUGAAGGGGGACCACACCAACUUUGAGAUUGACCCUUUCUUUGGAGUUGAAGCCACUGACCUUUACCCUGAUGUCAAGUACACUACCGUGGAUGAAUACCUGAACAAGUUCCUUUGAAUUCCUAGAUCCUAUUUUGACUGCACCAUUAUAGGAAAGUAUUUGCGGCAAUGAAGACUCCAUAUGAUUUUCAAAUAUUGCAAGACUCAACCGUAUCAAGAAAUAAAAAGUUGUUCAGUUUGCGUUUGCCUGAGCUUGAA